AUGUCGGAAGCUCAGAAACCCGCCGAGGAAACCCCCGUUGUGCCUCCUGCUGCGGAGCCUGUCCCAGUGGCCGAAGCUCAGGCACCAGCGACGGAGACUACUGCCCCAGCCGAUGCCCCCGCCACAGAAGCUCCCACAGACGCUCCCGCUGAAGCUGAGGAGCCGCCAAAGGAGGAGCCAAAGGCUGAGGUGACUCCGGCUACUGAUGGCGUCCUCGGUUACAAGGCACCUGGAUUGGUCAAGAGUCUCCGCUUCUCCAAGCGAUACUUUUGGUUCAGCGACGAUGCUGUGGAAUCCCGAAAUCUUACCACGUAUUUGCAAAACGAGAAGUUGAGCGUCGCCCAUCCAACUGCCGCUUGGGCUAGUCAAACUGGAAAAGGCCUUCUUUUCAUCGCCAAGCGUGCUGAGGACAAGGCUCAUCCCACUGGCAUAGUCAACUUGGCAGAAGUUUCUGAAGUGGUCAAGGAGGGCACCAACGAGCUCAGCUUCAAGUGGAACGGCCAUAAGCACGCUUUCCAGGCAACCUCAGCUGAUGAGCGUGAUAGCUGGUUUGUUGCCUUGGAGGCCAAGUCCGCCGAGGGCAAAGCUGAAAAGGAAGCCAUUGUUGGUGGCGAGGGAUACAAGGCUGAGUUGGAGAAAUUCGCCAAACCUGCAACUCCAACUACUACUCCUAGCUCCCCCAAGAAGAGCUUGGAAGCCAAGGCAAAGGAGGUUGUGAAGAAGGUCGAAGGCGAGGAGUCCAAGGCCAAGAGCCGCUCCCAGUCUCGCAAGCGCGCCAGCAUUUUUGGAAACAUCUUGGGCAAGAAGGAUGAGGGUGACGCUAAAAAGGAGGAGCCCAAGAAGGAAGAGGCCCCAGAGGGCGAAGAAGCCAAAAAGCCCGAGGCUGAAGCUCCUGUCGAAGAACCUGCUCCUGCUACUCCUGCUGCUGAGGUUGUGGCCCCCGCCGACACUACUGAAGCUGCUCCAGUUGCGGACGCCAAACAAGAAGAGCCAACACGGCCUGAGAUUAAACCCAAGCGCACUUCUGUGUUCGGAAGCUUCUUGCAGAGGGUCACCCACCAGGGACAGCCCAAGGCUGAUAAGGAGCCUGCUGCAAAGCCUGCAGAGACAACCACCCCCGUCUCCAGCACUGCUCCUCAGCUCGGUGACCCAGUCAACCCUGCUGCUUCUGAACCAAUAAAGCCCGAGAGCGUAACCCAGCCUGAGCCAACCCCCGAAGCCGCCAAGACAACCCAAGAGGAGCCGGCUACUUCUCCGUCUUCUAACAAGGGCGGAUUCCUCAACUUCAUGAAAAAGGAUAAGCUCGAGGUGAGCAACCCAUUGUACCGGUAUUGA